AACUGGAAAAAUGGCGGCGGGUUCUGGAGCUGUUAGCGGCCAUGGUGGCCGCGGCGCUUUGGAGGCCACCCUGGACCGCCGAUUUCAAGGAGUAUCCAACACUAUGGAGUCCAUACAGGGACUGUCGACCUGGUGCAUUGAAAAUAAAAAGUAUCACAGCCUUAUCGUUCGGUACUGGAUGAAGUGGCUCAAGAAAUCGGACACCAACCACCGUCUGAAUCUGUUCUACCUGGCCAAUGAUGUCAUCCAGAACUGCAAGAGAAAGAACGCCAUCGUCUACCGCUCAGCCUUCGCUGAGGUGCUCCCCAAUGCCGCCCUAAUGGUCAAAGACCCGAAGGUGCGUAAGUCAGUGGAGCGGAUCUUCACUAUCUGGGAGGAGAGGAACGUCUAUCCUGAGGAACUCAUCACCCAGCUCAAAGCCAACCUGGCCAGGAAGGAGAGAGAGAGAGAGAGGGAGAAAGAGAAGGCUAAAGAGACUCUUCCUCCGCCAGCCCCAGUCAACCCCAAAGCUGCCCUGAAGUCCAAGAUCGUGGCUGAUUUCAUACCCCAGUCGUUCAUCGAGCAGCUUGCGGGCUACAAGCGGGUGGCGGAGGAGGAGGAGCUGAGGGAGACCCAGCUGACAGCUCUCAGAGUGGACGUCUGCAGCACGGAGGCCCUCAAGAGACUCAAAGACAAGGCCGGAGGGAACAAGUUUGCCAAGGACUUUGAAGAGGGCAGCCAGAAGCUGCAGGAGUUUGUCAGUUUCCUGGAGAACCAGAUGCCUGUAGGGCCCCCUCUGCUGGAGGCUCUGGGAAACGCAGACGUCUUCUAUGAGAUGCAGUACAAGGAAGUCAAGAUCGUGGCCAGCGCCUACAAAACCUUUGCCAACCGCGUGGUCAACCUCAAACGUAAACUGGACGCCCUCAAGUCCUCCCUACCCGGUUCCGAGGACUCCCCCAUCCCCUCCCCCUCUGAGGACGCUCCCUCACCCACCGGCUCUGACUCCCCCUUCCUGGGGCUUGGGGGAGGCCGAGGGGGGAGGCUGGGCUUUGACCCGGACUUAGAUGGGAGUGCCAUGGACGAGAGGGACAUGGGAGUGGUGAGAGCGGGGGACAACAGAGAUGUGGAGGACAUGGAUCUGUCUGAGGAGGAGAUGGAGACAGCCAACACAGCUGAGAAGCAGUCAUCAUCAGCCACUGUUUCCAAGGCGACCAGCUCCAAGACUGCAGCGAAACCCGCCCCUGUCAUACCCAUUCGUACCUCCACUGACUCCCCUCUCAAAAAGGCAGCCCCCUCUACCCCCACCCCGGUGACCCCCAGCACCCCUACGAGCGCGGGCGUGAGUGGUCCUAGCGGUCCGACCGCUCCUCUGGGAAUGAACCUGGCCAACGUGGACCUGGGCAAGAUCAGCUCCAUACUGAGCAGUAUCACAUCAGCCAUGAAGAACACAGCAGCCAGCCCUGUGUCUCGCCCCUCCCCUGGAACUCCCACCACCCCCUCUGGCCAAUCAUCUUCCUCUAAAACCCCAGUUGGCCCCACCCCUCCUAGCCCAGCCCUGGCCAGCAUCCUGUCCAGAGUGAACGUCACCCCUGAAGGCAUCCUCAACGCCCUGUCAAAGACCCACACACAGGGUCUGUCCUCUCUGCUGAGGUCUGGUAGCUCCUCCUCCUCUGCCCCCUCCUCCCAUGCCUCCCCAGACUCCUCAGCAGCCAAGGGCCCCCCCACACCCACCACUCCCAGCAACACCAAACCCCCCCUGACCAACAGCCUCAAACGAGACACACCUGAGAAGAGCAGAGGAGCCAGGGACUGGGAGAAAAACCGAGAGGCCUCUCCUCCCCCUCCCCCUCCUCCUCCUCCUCCUCCCACUCUCCCUAGCCACUCUGUUUCUCCUCCCAGCCUAGAGUCUAAGAUCAACCGUUUCCUCCAGGGGAACCCAGGGUUCAGUCUGGGCCUGGGGGAUGGGAGCCCUCUGCUGGGGGGAGACGGGGUAGACGGGACCCCCGUCAGGGAUGAGAGCGGGGGCACCCCCACCCAGGACGAAAUCAUGGACACACCAGGGGGUGUCUCCUCCGACCCCCUUGGCCUCAACAGUGACCCCAAGAGCUUAGGGUCAUCCGUAGGUCACAAUCUUUCACCCACAGCCUACCGCAGUGACCCUUGGGACGCCGUCAUCACCCCAACAGGAAGCAGCAGCGACAGGGACUUCCUCUCUUCCUCUUCUCGUUUCCAAGGUUACGGAGUGGGGAAGAAGGCCGCCAAGCUGAAGGAGGAAGAUUUGAAGAGGAAGACUAGCUCUUCAUCACUGGGAAGCAGCAAGGUCAAGAAGGAUGGUCAGAACAGUCAGGGGAAGAGUCACGGGAACGACAGAUCAGUCGGCGGAGAGAGGAGAGCGUCCGUAGGUUCCCGCAAGACCAGCAGCGGGUCAGAGGAGGGAGGAAUGAGUGGAACGAGGGAUGAAAAGGGAAAGAGGGGAGGAGAGGAUGGUGGGGGCUCAUCUGACGGGGAGGGAGGGCAGUACCACCGUAUCGAGACGCUGGUGUCGCCUUGCACCGAGGGAGCACCUUUCCAAUCACUGGGGGGCUUCUCAAACCGCCAGCCAACCGGAGAGCGCAUCCAGACGGUGGAGAGCAUCCGCGUGAUUGGCCAAGGGCUGCGUCGCGGGGGUGGAGGGGAAGGGGGAAGGCCAGGUGGAGGGAUGUGGUACGAGGAGGAAGGGUACCUGGAUGCGCAGCCCCCCUCACCUUCCCAUCAGGGCGGCUCUGACGACAUUACUUCCCCCACCAUGCCUCCCCCGCCCCCACACCACCACCUUCCUCCUCAUUCUAAUCAACCUCCUCACCCCCACCCUCAUCCGCACGGCCCCCCACCCCAGUUCCAGAUGCCCCCCUACCAUGGGGAGAACCCCCAGGGUCCUCCCCCCUCACACCUCCACCAUCACCCCCCUCCUCCCUUCUUCGCAGUCAUGGUAGGCGGGGUUCUAGUCCCCAUCGACCGCCAGCUGCCCCUCCCUCCCCAGGUCCGUCCAGACGGAGGAGGAGACCGAGGGGGGAUGGGAGGGGGACCCAGGGGGGGUAAAGGUGGCCCCACUCCCCUCAUGUCCUCUCUGUUAGGGGAGCCCCCUAAGAUGCCUCGUCCCGGCACAGUCAAAGAGCAUUUCGCCCCCCGCCACGCACCCCCUCUCCACCGCCCCGGCACCCCCGGUGCCCCGCCUCCCUUACUGGGCCGUGUCAAGGAUGGCCUCAACCUCCCUCCUCCCUCUCCCUCCUCCCCUCCCUCUCCCUCAGGUGACCCCCUGCCUCCUCGUCCCCAAGCUCCUCCACUCCAGCACCCUCCAGCUAGCCCCCCUGCCCAGCCCCGACACCCCAACCCCAACCAUCCCCGCCGUCCCUCGCCAUCCCUCCUGCGCCCCCCCAUCAACUCCAUCCCCCAGAGACCUCUACUCCACCCUCGCGGCCCCCCUGCCCACCCGCACCUCAACCGAGAGCCACCCAUGUUCCGUGGGGGCAAGCGUCCUGGCCCUCCGUUCGGCGGGGGCCGAGGAGGUCCCUUCUACCCCCCCAAAAGACCUUUCUUACCCCCACGCUAUUGAAGUGUUAACCCACGAUAAGCUGAAUUGUAAGCAACCCACACACCUAGCUACCCGACACGGGGAGAAGAUGUGUAGAACCCUUCUGGUAUGAGCCCAGUCUGUCCUCACUAUGUUAAUCCUACUGGAGUCAUUCAUCUUACUACAUUUAGCUGAUCGCACCUUCACACAAGCUAGCUCGUCACCUCACCACAAUACAGUACCAGCUUAGUGCAGUGUUAUGGAUGAAAUAGGUAACCAAACCAAAUCUGCCUCCAAUCCCCAGGAGCGACAGUGUUCUCUGCUUCCCCUCACUAAAGCAGUGUGGGAAUAAUGGAGGUGUGAACUAGAAGGGAGACAACAAUCAAACAGAUCUAAUAGAAAAAGAAACAUCAGGUGGUUAUUCUAUUUCACUAAAAUUCUACUUACCUCCGGUAUUGUGUGAUUAAACUGAUAUAAACACUUUCAGAGAGAGAGAAGGAGGGAGGGGGGAUGGGAUGGAGGGAGGGGGGUUUGAGGAAGAAAGUUGCUCCCUGAGAGUGUGUCCUAAAUACAACAAUUUUUCUCAACAGGAAGUGGUUAUCCAAAUGAGUGUUCACUUUAUGAUCAGUGUGCUGUUGUUGAGUUUCUCGACGAUAACCCCAGCGUGCUCCCAGUGUAUCAUAUUGUAAAUAAUAACCUUGUUUCUCUCCUUCUAGAGGUUUCCAUGCUUUAGUCUCUCUUCCCUCUGUAUAUUUCUCAGCUUUUAAAUGUAUAGACUGAAUGAGUUGGCCAUGUUAAGACUAUUAAACCUUGGUUGUUUGUGUAAAGAGGACAAGCAUCGCUAUUCACUAACUUGUGAUUGACACGAUUGUGAAGAAGCCUUAGCUUUAGUGACACAUGAGGCAGAUGUUCAUGCUUCUUGUUGCUCCAACAAAACACCACUCUGUCCAUCUCCAUCUCUCCAAUCUGAGGGAGAGAGAGGGGAGGAGAGUGAAGAAUCGUCCAGUGUAAAGACACAUUUAGCUGAUAAUGAUGAGUUGUGGAGACUCACAGUAGUUGAGGCGGGUGCUUUAGAAGUUUGAACUAUGAACCCGCUGUGUCUCUGCUAGGCCAUCUCUACCUGUAUUGUCUUUAAUAAAAUACAGUUUCAACCGAACCAAGGGGAGGGUACUACUUUCUUUGAUACAGUCACAGUCAUGGAUACCGGUAAGACCAGUCGCAGCAGUUAUCAUGACUGCUGUUGUAUGAUAGAUAUUUUUUGUCUAGUUAUUCAAAGCUGAAUUGAAAUGCUGAAACAUGACUUAUAACAGUACAAACAAUGUCAUUUUUUCUCUCUCCAACUGCUCAUUUGUUUUGAGUUGUUUUGGAUUUCUUGCUGUGAUUUUUGUUGUGUGGCUGUAACUUCAUGUCAGAUGUAAAAUAUCUAUACUUGCCUAUGCACGUGCAGCGCACUCCUUCGAUCCAGUCCUGAAGUUUUUUUGUUUGUUACUUUUUCCCUUUUCCCUUCGUUACCUUUCCUAGAUUUAGUCUCUUGUUUUUCCUCCUUUCCUUCCUCUGACGCUGUACUUCCUGGAUCAACAUUUAGAACGGUAGAAUACCAAAUAACACCAAUGAAGAAGUGAUGAGUGAAUUAUCUGCAAACAUUCAUUACUCAUUAAGAUAAUGGAAAACAAUGUAAAUGCUCAUCUAGAUUUCCUAUCAGUGUUAGUUUAUCAGUUUAUAGUGUUCUGCUAUAAAGUCUGAAUCGAAGCUACAACUCUUGCUUUGACUAUAUAUAUGACGUGAUGCUUCUCUAUGUCACUGCUGAUAAUGACCAGAUCAACUCAGUCAGUUUGGUUUGUGUGCGUUCUCUGCUGUACAGUAGACUAAAUGACUUCUCCUCAGUUAGACAGACCGCUAGCCACCAGGAUGGAUUCAGAGAAUUAAUCAUUUUCUUUGAAUAGUUUGUUUAAAUAAUAUUGUCAUUCAAUGUACUCUUGAGUUUGAAAUAUGUUUGUUUGAAUAACCUUUGCGUGAAAAUGCUUAAGAUUUGAGGAAUCUAAUGGUGUGUGUAUAGUCUGCAUUAACUAUGUAAUGAUUCAGUCAUGAAGGGGGUGGCUGUGUUAUGUUUUUCUCUUCUUGAUUAGAUGCAUUGCUAUUAUUUUUGUUAUGAUCAUCAAUGAUGUUCUAUCAUUAA